AUGAAUCGUCACAUUCUCGGUAUUGUUGGUGGUACAUUUCAAUCCAAAGUCGAUUAUACCGUGCAAACCAUCCCUUUUUCCAUCGCUGCUUUUGACCUAAAUCAGGAUACCAAUCUUGAUUUGGCUGUGGCGAAUCAGGGUCCAGACACAGUCAGUAUUUUACUUGGCGAUGGUAACGGAUCGUUUGUGGUAGAAGUAACUCCAUAUCCUGUUAGCACAGAUCCACAAUCCGUUAUCUUCCUUCAUGCAAAUAAUGAUGACACUAUCGAUUUGGCUGUCGCUUGUACUGGUGCGAGCGUAGUUAGCAUUCUGCUUGGAGUGGCGGUACUAUUUUCACCUAGAGUGGAUUAUCCUACGGGAGUCGUUCCGUGGAUGGUGGUUGCAGCGGAUUUUAAUCAAGAUACUAACAUGGAUUUAGCUGUAGCAAAUGAAGGUACUAACACGAUUAGUGUUCUUUUCGGUACAGGUACUGGCACCUUUCAAGCCAAAGUG